AUGAAGCAGUCCUCCAGCCGUAUGCCUAGUCAGCCGACAGACCAACCCAGCAACGCCAUACACAGACUAUCAGAAGCUUUACCUCGAUUUGAAUCCCUCACCGCAUCCUCAGCAGCCAAUCAAGCCGAGACCGAAUAUCGACGAGGUGAAUUUCUUGAGCAGUUAGUCAGCCAGAAAUAUCCGACGGUGGUGGCCGAGGAGCAUAUACAAUUUAUUCGUGAUUCGUUCACUAGCUUCAACGACCAACUUAGGAAAUUACAUAUGGGUGUACCAACAGUACCUCAUAAACUGAGAAGAAGUACUAGAAAUGGUAAUAUCAACAAUGCCAUGAGUGCCAAAAUGGAUGGGGAGAUGGCGAUGGAUGUUGAUGAUCAUAAAGAUGGCGACUACAAUGAAGAUAGUGGGGCUACGUCUUCUCGGCUUACCGCAGAACAAGAGGCAGAGGAUGAGGAACACUGGCUCCAAGCAGUAAAUUCCAUCCCAAAAGAUACGACUAUGACCGAGUACUUUGUAGAGAUGGGUUACCAAAUGCCUCCUUCUCCGCCAAGGGAAGAAUUGAAGGUACAAGACCAGCAAGAACUUCGACCCCUUAAGUGCCAGCCUCACUCAAAGAAAUGGGUACCAAGUCUUAUCAAGAAUAACAAACAUGCUUCAUUACCACCAACGAAUCCCGAGCAGCUACUCAACAAUGCACCACUACACCAUACUGCACCAGAACAAAAUGUCGACACAACUCAUAAUCUUGCCGGCUCAGUAGAACAAUCGCAUUCCAGCCCAUCAAUGCCUCCUCCCAAGCGUGCCAAGACGUUGUCUUCAUCCUCUACCAUAUGGCAGUAUGGACCCAAACAACCUCCUCGCUGUGCCUCGUGUGUGCAGAUGAAAAAGAACUGCGAUCGUAAGACUCCUUGCGGAAGAUGUUCUGGUAUGCGUGAGUACAAGGUGUGCAUUCCAUAUUGGAGAGAUUUGCAAAGAAAUAUGGAGGCACGGCAAUGA